CGGAAGUAAAUGUGCGAACGGUCUAAUGAGUUGGUUGCUAUGCGACGUGUCCCGGAAGUGAAUGUGUGCGUUGUGGCGUGUUGAAUCAUGGCUGCAUCAACAAUCAACAGUAAUAGCCAUCACAAAAGGCAAAAAUGCAACGAGAAGCUGCCUUUACCAGACAGAGAGAUUAUUAAACCCUCCAUAACAGAGCUCACCAAAGAAGUGCGGACCAACAUCCUCUGUACGGUGGAAGGAUGUGGGAAGAUUCUGCCUAACACUCCAGCACUCAACAUGCAUCUGGUCAAGUCCCACAGAAUCAAGGAGGGUCUGGUCAACCCCACAAUUAGAAAGGACAUCAAGGAAUCACAAAAGCUCUACUGUUGCCCAAUAGAGGGCUGCCCAAGAGGAUCAAACAGACCCUUUUCUCAGUUUUCGCUUGUUAAACAGCACUUUAUGAAGAUGCAUGCAGAAAAGAAGCACAAGUGCUUGAAGUGCAGUAAUGGCUACAGCACUGAGUGGGACCUGCGGAGACAUGCUGAGGAUUGUGGGAGGACAUACAGCUGUACAUGUGGUUGUCCUUAUGCCAGUAGAGCAGCACUGCUGUCUCAUAUCUACAGAACAGGCCACGAGGUUCCCAAAGAGCACAGGUAUCCACCAGUGAAGAAGAGAAAAAUGGAAAGAUUGUCAAGCAGUGCAACAAAUUUUAUGCCUGAUGAACUAAUAAAUGAAAUUCCAGACUGUAAGAAAAAGCUCAGUGAAGGAGUAGUCCCUACCAUACUAGUCUCUGAAGCCUCAGACACAGCACAACACAACAUUAACCACCCUAGAAACACCCAGAAACUCCUUCUCCCGAAGCCCAAAGUGGCCCUAGUCAACUUUCCUAUUAUGCAGUUCACCCACCUGCCCAUUCUCCUCCCCUCUGUGGAAAGUAGUGCCUUGAGGUCAUUGGUCUUGUCUGUGGAUGCACAAGGGUCCAUAAGCACUGUGCAUAUUUUGUCACCGUCAGUCGGCACAGUGGUGCCUGAUGUGAGCAAUAAGACUUUCAAAGAGGCCUUUCCUGUACAUACAUCAGGCCCAGAAACAAUUAGCACAGGAGUACAGGUCAAUCUUGAGAAUCAAGCCUCUGUGGGAGAUCCAGUGGAUCUUGGAUCCAGAAACAAAAGCACUUCAACAAACAUUCAAACUGACUUAACAUACCUUAACAAAGGAAUGGAUGCUGGACCAUUGACUGCUUCCCACUGCUGUGAGGCCUCAGUGUCCUCUUGUUCUCAGACAGACAUCAGUGUAAGCGCUCAGAUUCAGCUGCCUGUUAAUGUGCAAACCCAGACGCUACCCUCACAAAUCAAAGCCAUGUUUUCCAUUGGAGCACAGACAGAUGUUUUCAGUUUCUCUUCCUUUAAUGUGACCCGAGAAACACAAACAAGCUGUUCUACAGCCCCAGUGGAGGAAAGCCAAAUGGACCAAGCAAUGUGCACAAAUCUUUUCGAUACUGAUACUCUCAGUGUCUCCACUCAGACUGCAGCGGCUGAUGCACAUUUCAGAACCAGUUGUUUAGAAGAUCCUCUGACCAGCACUGCAGCUGGACUUUUUGAGGACAAGACUGCUGCAUCCAUGUGUUUUGGGGCCCAGACUGACAUUUUGCAUCAAAACACAGUAGCGGACAACCAGACUCAGACCAUGAUACUCUUCCGUGACCUUGAGAAUAUACUUUCUGACAGCAUGACUGGGGCGGCUUCGGACUGUACUUCAGGUUUAGUUGCUACGCAUGAACCGCAUCACACUGGUAUUGACUUUGACUUUGAAGAGUUUCUUAAUGCGACACACAUUCAGACUCAGACAGAAGAAAGUGCUUUGAACAGUCUGAACACAGAGACAACUUUGGAACUCCUAGACAUUGAGACACAGACUGACUUCCUGCUCUUCGACAGCUAUGAUAAUGGGCACGACAGUGACGUUGGAACAAGGGUGCAACCGAGUGAGCUGGAGCUUGAGAUGUUUGACACACAGACCCAGACUGACCUCAACUUCCUGCUAGACACAGGUGGGCACAUGCCCCUUGGCAGUAUCCUCAGACAGUCUAGUUUCAGCAUGAGCACAGAGUCCUCAGACACAGAAACACAGACCGACAUCAGGCCUGCUCCACUUUCUCUGCCUUGCUCCCAUGAUGGGCAGGUGAGGCUCAGCAGUGCUGAAACCCAGACCAUCUCCAGUUCCUUUCAGAGCCUUGGACACCUCUUCUGCACUAGCAAUGAGACCCAAACAGCAGUGGACGACUUCCUUUCAGCAGACUUGGCCUGGAACAUGGAGUCUCACUUUAGCUCGGUGGAAACUCAAACGUGUGAGGAGCUCAUCUCACUAUUUCGACACAAUGGGAAAGCCAAGAGCUGAAGGCUCCAUCAAAGGUGAUUUGGUUGAUUUAGGUCAGAUAAUGGAGUCAUUCCUAGUAUCUCCCUCAGCAAGGGUGGCAGAACUUCAAAACAGUCCCUCACAACCAUCUAGAGCUCAUUAUGUCAGAUAAUAACUGUCUGUUUAAUUGUAGAAUUUUAUUUUUAGACACAAUAAGGUAUUGCAUAUAUGCCCAAGUCUAAGGAUGUAUAAAUAUACCUUUGCAGCACUUUAUCAUCUCACUAUUAAUGUUCAACAUAUAUUGUAUAUCCUAAAAGUAUUUUAUUUGUUACAGUAGGUCAGAGCCUCUCGUGGGUAUGUGUAAUAAGUUGAUAUGAUGAACAGUCAUUCCACAAAUAAAAUGUAUUGUCUUGUAGGUAUACUUUAUAGUCUGAUAUUGUUUAGAUGCUGUUUUUUGACCUUGAGCUGUUUGUUUGCUCUGUGGUAUCAACAAACUUAUGUUACAUUAAUAGUGCAAUGCUCUAGACCCAUCUAAUAGCCACUGUGAGUAUAUUUAGGUCUUGAUUCAUGACAGAAUUCAUGCAAAAAUUUCUUGCUGACUGUUAUGGCAUGAUAAUUUAAUCGUUACAUCCUAAAUCAGUUGAAUUUGCAUCUUAUGCAUGUUUCAGACAUCACAAUUCCUUCAAAAGCGGAGCUGGGGAUUUGCUCUUGUUUACUGUGAUUUGCAUUCUGUACUGUGAGUAGAUUUAAAUACGCAAAUCACAAAUGUUUACUGUUAAACAAAACCUUUAAUAUUUCUUUGAAAGCAAGUAUCAAUUUUGAUGGAAUAUGUUCAUCCCUCCUUAUGAUUUCAAUUAACAGUUUACACAUACUGUAUAAACUUUUUGUUGAUGCCUUAAUUCAAGUGUUCAUAUGCUUUUGAUUGAGAUAAUGAAAUCACAGUGCUGCUUAAUGGAGGAGAUGUAGAAAUGCUGUCGUGUUUUUAUUUUCUUUCUUGUCGUUUUUUGUGUAUAUAUUUAUUUGUUUUUGGUUCUUCUGACUGUUUCAUCUUUGUGUGUCAAAAUUCACUACUCUUUGGCCUUAGUACACUAAAUAUAAAAGGCAACCAUAGCUUUUUUUUUCAUUCAGCAUUGUGUGUGCGUAUAAAUGGGGUAUGCUAAUUAUUUUUUUUAUGAAAUGUUCUGUUUAUUUGUACUCCUGUACUUAAUGUAUAUAGUGGAAUUUCCACAAGUAGAAUGUAAGUGAC